AUGACCUGGUGCGCCCAGCGUGAUGAAACCAUACCACCGCUUACAAGUUGGUGCUUCUACUUUGUCCAUCCUGACUUCAUCCUCAAUGAGCUUGAUCUGAGUCGUUUUCAGCAUGAGAUACAGAAUGGUUACGGCGACCCUAUCCGAUGUGAGCUUUUCUACAUCCCUGGAGGUAGUAAUGCCGACUGUGCUCAGCACUAUCGCGAGGAACUCGAGGCUCGUGGUGAGGACUUCGCGCAGGUCCGAGAGGCCGAGAGGGCUAAAAAUGAUCCCGAAUAUGCAACUAUGCGAAAGCCCCGGAGAAAACUUCCUGGUCUGCCUGCAUCACAGAGGUACCCAGGGAAUACAUCCUACCACCACUUUGUCUGUGUGUACAAGAAUCCGACUUGGAUCCACGAUGGCGACGAAAUGGAAUUUGAUGUUGUUCAGUUCGAUCCAGCACUGGCAGAUGAGUAUUACGAGCCCGGGGAACGAACAAUUCCGCAGGACCCGUUCUUGAUAACACGGAUGUCAGCUAAGCAUAAAAUGGAGUAUCGACAGUACAAGGACCAAGGGGUAUGGCUGUGGUUUAUGGGGAAAAAGGUCUCCUGA